AAACACCCCCACGCAUGAACCAUUCCCCUCCCUCUCCUCGCGCAAGCAUCCUCUCCUCGUACCCUCGCACGCGCUAGGGUUCCUGCGCCGCUGCCACACGGGAGCUUGUCGACCAGCCCAGCGUCCUCCGGAUCGCCGCCGCCCCUCUCCGGAUCGCCGCCGUCACCGCCCCGGAUCGCCACUUUCGCCGUCGGAAUCGCUGCCAACGUCUCGUCGCCCCGGAUCGUCGCCGUCCGGAUCGCCGCCGUCGCCGGGCAAUGGCGGUGGAGGUCGACGGCACCCGGAAGCGCGGGGCGGCGGCCUUCCUGGACGACCCCUUCGAGGUGCUGCAGGCGAAGCGGGGCCGGUACUCACCGUCCGCCACCGCGGCCUCGGUCGCCGACCUCGGCAUCAACAUGGAGUUCGACCCCGUCGAGGCGGUCCAGUCCGUCUUCCCCAGCGCCGAUCCGCAGCUUCUGCGGGGCUAUCUCGAAGCGUCGGGAAAUGUCUUGGAUGCUGCCAUCAGAAGCUUCAGGGAUUAUUUGGCAUCGGAUUCAGCAACGACCAAUGCUGGUGCCUCCUCAUCUGGAGUGGCAUCUGAUGUGCCGGUGAUGAAUACUCCAGCCAACAGGACUGAAUGGGCGGAGCUAAUUGUCAAGGAGAUGUCGUCCGCUUCAGAUCCGAAUGACACCAGGAAUCGAGUCUUCAGGAUACUUGAAAUGUUCGACAAAUGUGCCGCAAACUGCAGUACUCCUGAUGAGGCGCAUAAAAUGCGUGAGAUGAUUAUAGCAACUAUUUUGGGCUGACCUCUUGCUGUUCUAGCAAAAAAAAAUUAGUAUUUUGUUUUUCUCUACGAAAUAUAAGGACCGAAUGGAUUUUUGGUCUAUAUUGCAAAUAUGUAUAAUGGAUUAUUGGUGAGCUCGGUAUUGGUGGUCUACUCCCUUUCAUCCCUGUAUUUCUAAGAAAACCAAACUAAUAUGCAUCCAUGUAUUUUUUCUAAUUCAAGUUCUUUCAUAUGGGUUACGUAAAAAGCAAAUGUUGCUUCUUUUUAUUCAGAUGCUUUGAGAACCAAGUCUACCUGGUUCUCUUCCUUUCAUCCAUGUAUUUUAAUGUGCAGUGUACAGUGUGUAGAAUGAGCAAACUUGUGAAUCUAGAGCACAAACUCAUGAUUGAUCAAGGGAGUGGCACUGCCGGCUGGGUUAGAGUAUAAUCAACUGUACUUGGAGUUUUUUGUGAUACGUGUAGCUUUCAGCUUGCGAGCCUUUCAAAUAUGCAAGUGUCCGAUGCCAUAGGCUACUAUGGAAGUUGUGAAUGUUAUGUAGUUUCUGGUACUACUUGCAUUCAGAAAUGAACUAAUUCAGGCUGGCCAUCUAAGUUUUACAUUCCGUAUGUAUAGCGAGAUCAAAUUUAUUUGUUCUAGGGACAUUUCUGAACAUGCGUAUGGAAUAAGAUCAUGAACACGUAUAUGGAUUAUGAAUUUAGUAUUUUUUUGAGAAGUGAAUUUACUUUUAUCUAUUGAUAAAAAAUAUUUUUGUUGUCAGACGAAGGGCACGACGGAUGGCUCCGGCGGGAAGGUGAGCAGCGGUGGAGAUAAGCGAGGAAAGGAGUAGUGUGAGGCGGUUGGCGGUGUUGAAGAGGAUGAGAGGGCCGCACACUCGGUGCCAUGCUACUGGAGGGCCCGCUGCUGGAGGCAGUCCUAGGGAUUUUUGGAUCAAUGACAGUAACGUUGGCGACCCAGUUAUCUUCUUCCAUCUCUGGAUCCUGAAUCUACAGCUCUCUAAUCUGCAAAUACACGCAGUAGCGACGGGUACAAUUGCAUGGUUGUGACUGCCGACCAGUACACGAGUGGGGCUGCCGUUCUCCUACCGGUAAUCAGCUGCUCCAAUGCCACCGCAUAUAUACUCCGAUGAGUAUCCUUGAUAUCUUCCCUCCACAUUGCAUCUAAUGACACACUAACACAUUGCAUCUGAUGACACACUUCCAACUGGAAUAUAUCAAUUACAUACCACGGUGAAAUUUGAAACUUCCCUUGAGAGAUGCUAAAGUACUAUUUAUUUGACCGGCUUGGUGUACAUUGACCUUUACCGCCUGAAUGUUAUGAAUUAUAUUCGUGGUGGAUGAUAUGAAUGUCGGGGAGGUGAUGGAGAAGUAUGACGAGGAACUUGUGAAGGCUGAGGGCAUGGAGAAGAAGGGGAGAAUCUAAGUGGGAGGCUGACAUUGGCGAAGGAGAAGGCUAGAUGAGUGUUGGCAUUGGCAGACAACGGGUCAUUGCAGAUGGCAUUCACUGAAUUAUUCAAGGAAUUGAAGCUCCCAAAAUGAUCAAAUAAAUAAGAUAGCAAUGAGACAUAGAAUGUCGUGUUAUUAAUUAUCUUUGUCCUCAAAAAGGAUGUCGUGAUAGUAGUCGUGCUUUGCAUAUAAGUUGCUUCAACAACUAUAUUCUUGAAAUGAUGUGCCAUAGGUAGGUGGAAAAACUAAGAAAUACAAGCAUUACUCUGUGUGUGUGAGAGAGUGCUCUACACGCUGCCUUUAUGGAUUAAACCGGUGCUCUAAUUAAAUGAUAAAUUGAGUGUACUUUUUUUC